AUGCUGGAUGUUGUGGAAGCUAUCCUUCCCUUUGGAGCUGAGCAGUGGCAAAACGCUGCGUCUCACCUCAAACGUAAAUUCCAAAAGCUAGUUCGUGUUCCUAAACCGACAGGGAACGGAACAUGUUCCGAGGAGGUGCAGCGCGCCAAGCGUCUACAAUAUGCCAUUGAGGCUUCAUUGGCUGUUGUUCAGCUCCACGACAACUUUUCG